AUGCGCGGACGCGAGUUCUACAUGAAGGACAACUACUCCUUCGACAUCGACCGUGCGGCCGCCGUGCGCUCCUACAACAAGAUGUUCGUCGCCUAUCUACGCACCUUCGCCCGGCUCGGGCUUACAUCGAUCCCGAUGCAGGCGGAGAGCGGGGCCAUCGGCGGCGACUACAGCCACGAGUUCAUCGUGCUGGCGGACACGGGCGAGAGCGCCGUCUAUUGCGACCGCGCCUGGCUCGAUACCGACCCGCUGGCGAUGGGAAUCGACUACGAGGCCGACCUUCAGCCGAUCGUCGAUGAGUGGACCCGGCUCUACGCCGCCACCGACGACAAGCACGACCCCGCCGCCUGUCCGGUGCCCGAGGACGCGCUCUAUCAGGGCCGCGGGAUCGAGGUCGCGGUCGAGAUGGGCUCUUACGGGAUCGGCGUCUCCCGCCUCGCGGGCGCAAUCAUCGAGGCGAGCCACGACGAGGCGGGCAUCAUCUGGCCGGAGGUCGCGGCGCCCUUCAAGGUGGGCCUCAUCAACGUGCGCGCCGGCGAUCCGGCGUGCGACGAGGCGUGCGAAGCGCUCUACGAGCGUCUCGUCCGGGCGGGCGUCGAGGUCCUCUACGACGACCGGGACGAACGCGCAGGCGUCAAGUUCGCGGAGAUGGAGCUGAUCGGGCUGCCCUGGCAGGUCGCGAUCGGCCCGCGCGGCGUCAAGUCGGGCACGGCGGAGUUGAAGGCGCGGGCCGGCGGCGAGGCCGAAGCGCUCUCCUUCGAGUCGGUCUCCGCACGUCUGAUCGGGGACUAG